UCACUCGAUCCUUGGCCGCAGUGCAAACAGAGCCAUCAUCUGUGUAACGCGUAUUCAAUCGUUUCAGGAUCGUUUCAUAGAUCGAUCAUUUAAAUUUGCGUGGGAAUCAUGAUCGAUAAAUUAUUUCACGAACGAAAAAUGCUAAAAUAUGCCCGAUCGAUCGACAUUUAGCCGUUACAAGUGAUCGUUCGUAGCUUUAAUUUGUUAUAACGAGAUAGCGCUGGAUUAUUUUACAUCGGAGUAACGUGCACCAGUUUUUAGACAGCUGCAAUCGACCGCAGCUACACCCACGAGAUUUAUAGAUCCGGAAAGAUCAUAUUCGUAUUAACCUAUUUCGAUCUUAUAUUUCUCAGAAUGUUAACAGCAAUCAAUUAUUAUACGGCAACGGUGCUCUUUGCACUUAUACAUCGAUCAUUCUCGGCUAUGGUUCUUCCAAGGCCACCUUCUUCACCAAAUUAUAUUCAACGUUUUGAUCGAAAAGAAAAUGAUCAAAAAUUUUAUGAAGGAAAGCAUUUACAAAAUUUUUUACAAAAUUCUAAUGUGGAAAGAGCUAAUACCAACGAUUACAGUCUCGUAGAAAUCGAACUCCAAAGUCCGGAUGAAAUGGAUGCUGCUAAUCUUCAAAAUAUUGUACACGUAAUGUUGAAACAAUCUGAACAAAUUCAAAAUGAAACUUAUCCUCAUCCGGAAGUGAUAUCACAUUCAAUUUUCGGUGUAAGAGAUGUUGGCCUAACCUCAAAUUUCAAGAUGAAUGUUAACGAAGACAGACAUGUUUUAGGCCUCCCGAAACUUCAAAAUCUUGAUGAAAAGUUUUAUUAUUUAAAAAAUAGCAGACCAAAAGUGUAUGUGAACGUACGAGGUCAUAGCGGUUCUUUUCAAAAAGGUAAUAAUCGUCCUAAAACGACUUCCAAUAACAAUCCUAUAGAAUUUCUUCGAAUGACACCUCCUCUGGAAAGGCAAACUGAUUGGAAAUCUCAUUACAAUAAAAUAAUUCACCCGUUAAAGAAAUUCGAGCAUCGAAUUAAUACGAAACGUGAAUAUCAGAAACAUCUUUCGAAGAAUGAAAUAAAGAAACUUAGUAGAUUAGCCGUAAUAUAUGGUUUGGAAGAUCUCUCCACUACCGAGAGUUCUAUGGUGACAUCUAGCGAGUUACCGAAACAAAUACCUGCACCACCAUCAAAAUUACCGAGCAGAAUAUUAAUGGCACAGACAACUCCUGUUCAAAGAUACGCUUUAAGAAGAACAAAUAUAUUGCCGGAAUAUAGUUUUUCCGAUAUUUGA